AAUUCCACAGGCAUGUACCAACUGCAGGCUGACCCUCUUGAACAAGCCGAAAUACUUCCUGUUAGCAACCAGCUCGAGGACGUUUGUGUCUGGUUUCCAAGACGGAUUGCCUUGUGACUGUAAACGUUGUCUUUCCGGUUUAAAACGAGUUUUCCUCGAAAUAAACAAAGGGACAAGCCAGCUGGCCACGUUGUGCAUACGAACUGGCUUGUUAGCGUGUAGCUAGCUAUGCUUCAAGCUAUCCACCUCGUAAAGUAACGGUAGCUAGGCUAGUAAAUAGCUAGCAAGCUAAUGCUAAGGUUGAUUCUUACUUUUUGCUAGCUACUCCUCUUGACUAGCUUGCAGCUAAAGUUAUUUACCUCGCAAUAACAUUAGCUGACCAGUUGAUUUCAAGAUGAGCGAGCAACUUAAAUUUAUUGUUGAGUACCUGAAUAAAGACCCCUUCAAGAAAAACUUUAACCUGAUCACCUUUGACUCACUGGAGCCAAUGCAACUGCUGCAAAUUCUCAACGAUGUUCUGGCCGAAAUAGACCCUAAGGUGAGACAAAUUAUGUUUUUCAAUGUACACAACAACCUCAUACUUGAUCACGAGUUGUCCAAUGAUGUAUAUAGUUGUCCCAGUUUAUAUUAUGCCUAAAAUUGUAUUAUCUUGAUGAUGACACCUGCCCCACUACUAUUGUGUUUACCAGUCACCGAAAGUGUGUGUGAAAUGUGUGAAUAACUUGUAAAUCAUAUUUUAUUUAUUUCAGCAAACUAUUGAUAUCCGUGAAGAAAUGCCUGAUCAGACAGCAAAGAGAAUGUUCACUUUGCUGGGGAUGUUGAAAUACAAACCACCUGGGAAUGUGUCUGAUCCGUAAGUAUUCUUCUGAUGUAAGUAAUUUACAUAAAUCAAAGCAGAUUUCAGCAUUAGAACACAGAGUGUUUACUUCUCACUGUCCUCUCUCUUUUAAUACAGGAGCAGUUUCAGACAGGGCCUGGUGACUGGCAGUAAGCCUGUGAUACACCCUAUCCUUCACUGGCUGCUGCAGAGGAUCACAGAGCUGAAGAAGAGAGCUUACUUGGCUCGCUUCCUGGUUAAGCUGGAGGUGCCUUCUGAGUUCCUGCAGGAUGAUGUCAUCACUGACACCUAUCACCAGGUUUGUUUAACAUUGGGCAAGUUCAUUAAAACAAUUUGCCCAUUGACUUCAAGGUGCAAGCAUAAUGCUGCAUUCAUAACCAAGUGGGAAGUUGAUGCAUUCACGUGUUUUGAACUCAUUCAGAAACACGUAUUGGCUCAUUGCCAACAAGCUGCAUCAACCAUAAACUAAAAGUACAGCUAUCAUGCUUGUAAACAAAUUAUAGUGUUCAAAAAACAUAUUAAUAGAUUGCUUUUUAUAAAUAAUUGUUUGCUGUUUCAUUUAACUGUCGAAAAUGCUGUUCUACCUCAGUAGGUGAUGUCAGAUGUCAGCAUGUGGGAGAAGUCAGAGCUCAGGGAUGAUAGACGAGUUUCCCACUUGUAAUUACCAGUUGGAGGCAUGUUCAAGUGGAUUUUUCCUAGUCAUACGUGGUAAAUACCACCUUCCCACUUGGAUAUGAAUGCAGCAUAACAUUUAACAUGGGAUCAUGGCUCCUCCUCUUGCUAGACUAAAGAGAUCACACUAUGAUGCCAUGAUUAAAACCAUUAUUUUAUUAUUUAAAGGUCACUGUGGGUCAGACAGAUGCUAUGUGAUGCAUAACUGAGACAUGUCAUUCAUAGUUUCAUAGUGUUUGAUCUGUUGUUUUUGUAGUAUGAAGAAUUAGUGGAAGGAUUCAAGACCUACCACAAGGAGUGUGAGCAACUGAAAAGCUCUGGCUUUUCCACUGCAGAGAUCAGAAAGGUAAAAACGGGAGCAAACAAGUCCUUAACAUUUUAUGUUUUCCACUCAUCAAUAGGUAUCAUAUGGAAAUCUCUUAAGUUAAGCCAUAGAUGGGGAUAUGUGCACAGACACAGUGCUAGACACAGCCCUCCUGUAGCUCAGUUGGUAGAGCAUGGUGCUUGCAACGCCAGGGUUGUGGAUUCGAUUCCCACGGGGGGCCAGUAUGAAAAAUGUAUGCACUCACUAACUGUAAGUCGCUCUGGAUAAGAGCGUCUGCUAAAUGACUAAAAUGUAAAAUGUAAAACACAAACUUUUCCCUAACCUCAGGACAUUGGUGCUAUGGAGGAGGAGAAGGACCAGCUGAUCAAGCGAGUGGAGCGGCUGAAGAAGAGGGUAAGGCAGGCAGGCAGUCUGUUUGAGGAAGCCCACCCUGUCAUAAUGCCUGGAACUCACAGGGAUUCACAGAGUAAUGAAAACAUGACCUCUCAUACACGCCAACAGAUUCCUCGUGGUAAUGAGACUAGGCAGGCAUCUGACAGGCUCAAUGCUUCACCCUUUUACAGGGCAGAUGGGUAAUGGAGUGAUAAUUUAGUGGGUCAUACUUUUAAGCCAUGCCAGAAGGGGAAACUUGAGUCCGUGGCAGUGGCUCCUGGCGGUCGUGUGCGGUGAAACUCAAUCUCAGAUGCUGGCACAGUAUCACAGUUUCUUAUGUGUCCACCAGGUGGAGUCAGUGUCCAACCACCAGCGGAUGCUGGAACUGGCCAGACAACUACGGGUGGAAAAGGAGAGAGAAGAGUCUCUGGCUCAGCAGAAGCAAGAGCAGAAGAACCAAGUAAUGAAUUGACUUUUCUUAGUCUAGUUUAAGUCCUGUUUUGUCUAACUUUCCAAUUUACAGGCUUUGUUACCCAUAUGAUCAACGUUACUGCAUACAGAGUACAAAUAAGUGAUGAAGACUUUUGGGUAAAGGUCUACAUAUUAUCAGAGAUUGUUGUCAAUUAGAUAUUCCAAAUUCACCUACAAGUAGAUUUAUAAGCAUGAUGUUGGUUUAGAUGCUGAUAAGUGUGUGUUGUCAUUUGGAUAUGUCCAGCUUUUCCAGGCAGAACAGAGACUGCAGAGAUCUCAGCAGCAGCUGAAGGACCUGCGUCAGGCAGCAGCAGAUGCCAAGCCAGAGAGUGAGUAGGCAUGUUCUGCAUCACCCUCAACGCCACAGCUGGUUGAAAGGUCAAGGACACAGCAGAUAAGGCAGAAUCUCUGUUAAUUGAUUCACAUGUAUUAAGGCCCUGUAAUCAUGCUGAUCUUUGAUGUGCUCCAUUAGAGCUCACCAUAUGUGGACUUUCCUCGUUUUUUGUCCUCAUCUACUGGUAGCCUUUUUACAAUCACACAGGAGAUUUACACAUUUACAGUUUCAAAAAUGACCUAAGCAAAGAAAGACAGACAUGAGACCUUGGUGGAUGGCACACCAACAAAGCAUUUGACAAUUCAAUGACUCAAAAUACCACAUAUUAAAACAUUUCCUAAUGUGACUAUUUUGUAAAGGUUUUUGGUCUCGUAUAGGCCUACUCCUGCAUCAGAGCUCAACAGCAGCAUGUAAGAGCACGAUCUAUGUUGAGGUUACAUGACCUUGAGUCGGUUAAUUUAGACAGUGUUUUGCAUACGCUCUUGAUCUUGUCUAAUUUAAAUUAUAAUGAUGAACAGGUGUCUCACGUUUAGGAUGUGCAUAUCACCCUCCUUUUCUUCUAUGAGCAGGUGUGCCUCAUUGUGUUUCAAAGAAUGAGGUAUCCUGAUCAAAGGUGUAAGAACGAGCUUUCUCUCUGUCACGGUCUCAGGCUUAAUGAAGAGGCUUGAAGAGGAGAUCAAGUUCAACUCCUACAUGGUGUCUGACAAACUGCCCAAGGAGCUGGAGAGUAAGAGGCGGAUGGUGCAGUACCUGCAGAAAGUGGUGUCUGAGCCGGCCAUGGGCCAAGCUGAGCUUGGGGAACUAGAGGACAAGGUGAGAUAUCUCUACCUACCUGGGCAAUUAAGCUAUAGAGCCUUGCAAGUUUGGUAAAUUUGGUUCACACGUAUUACAAUAAGAAUGGCUGACAAUAGCCAAAAAGAUUGUUUAUGACAAAUUGAAAGUUUAAGUCUGACUGUUCCCCACUUUGUCCAGAUUCGAGAAAACAACAUUGAAAUAAACCUGCUGAUUGAGAAAAGAAUGAUGCGAAACGACCCCAUGGAUGAUAAACUGUCUCUUUUCAGGCAACAGGUGAUUUGUUUCAUAUUUUCUAUUAUCACAUUCUUUAGAGAUACAGUAGCGUUAUUAUAUGACAUAACACCAGCAAUUAUGUAGGAUGAAUUUUGUGUCAAUUUCAGAAUGCCAUUCUCUAUCAUUGAUACUAAAUCAGACGGUUCCUUGUCAGUUAUAUGAAUUUGUAUGAGCUGGCUGUUUGUGUGUGGUUAAGCGUUUGCUGGCUCUUUGAACUUGUGUGGAUGAUUGAUGUUGUCUGAUGAAGUGAGGCAACUUUAUUUAUCAUCAACAGAUUUAUUAAUGUUAUCAUGUUGAUAUUUGAAUACUUUGUUUUGUUGUUGUUGUCUCUUUUGCUAUAGUGAGGCAGAUAAUAGAGGAUCAACUGCUCUGGUUUGGCAAAAUACUAUAUUAACCAAAGAUUUCCUAGCUGUGGUUUGUGGUAGACACACUGUUGCGAUAGCCUUAUCUCCUGAACUCUUCUAUACCUGUGAAAUGUGUGCAGGUUCUGCUUGGUUAUUUUGUGCGAAUUAGAAUAAAUUGAUAUAUAUAUACAGUACCAGUCAAAAGUUUGGACACACCUACUCAUUCCAGGGUUUUUCUUUGUUUUUUAAACUAUUUUCUACAUUGUAGAAUAAUAGUGAAGACAUCAAAACUAUGAAAUAACACAUAUGGAAUCAUGUAGUAACCAAAAAAGUGUUCAAAAUCAAUAUAUCUUAUAUUUGAGAUUCUUCAAAGUAGCCACCCUUUGCCUUGAUGACAGCUUUGCACACUCUUGGCAUUCUCUCUACCAGCUUCAUGAGGUAGUCAUCUGGAAUGCAUUUCAAUUAACAGGUGUGCCUUGUUAAUUUGUGGAAUUUAUUUCCUUCUUAAUGCGUUUGAGCCAAUCAGUUUUGUUGUGACAAGGUAGGGGUGGUAUUCAGAAGAUAGCCCUAUUUGGUAAAAGACCAAGUCCAUAUUAUGGCAAGAACAGCUCAAAUAAGCAAAGAGAAACGACAGUCCAUCAUUACAUUAAGACAGGAAGGUCAGUCAAUCCGGAAAAUGUCAAGAACUUUGAAAGUUUCUUCAAGUGCAGUCACAAAAACCAUCAAGCGCUAUGAUGAAACUGGCUCUCAUGAGGACCGCCACAGGAAAGGAAGAACCAGAGUUACCUCUGCUGCAGAGGAUAAGUUCAUUAGAGUUACCAGACUCAGAAAUUGCAGCUUAAAUAAAUGCUUCACAGAGUUCAAGUAACAGACACAUCUCAACAUCAACUGUUCAGAAAAGACUGCGUGAAUCAGGCCUUCAUGUUCGAAUUGCUGCAAAGAAGCCACUACUAAAGGACACCAAUAAGAAGAAGAGACUUGCUUUGGCCAAGAAACACGAGCAAUGGACAUUAGACCGGUGGAAAUCUGUCCUUUGGUCUGAUGAGUCCAAAUUUGAGAUUUUUGUUUACAACCGCCUUGUCUUUGUGAGACGCAGAGUAGGUGAAUGGAUGAUCUCUGCAUGUGUGGUUCCCACCGUGAAGCAUGGAGGAGGGGUUGUGAUGGUGUGGGGGUGCUUUGCUGGUGACAGUCAGUGAUUUAUUUAGAAUUCAAGGCACACUUAAACAGCAUGACUACCGCAGCGAUACGCCAUCCCAUCUAGUUUGCGCUUAGUGGGAUUAUCAUUUGUUUUUCAACAGGACAAUGACCCAACACACCUCCAGACUGUGUAAGGGCUAUUUGACCAAGAAGGAGAGUGAUGGAGUGCUACAUCAGAUGGCCUGGCCUCCACAAUCACCUGACCUCAACCCAAUUGAGAUGGUUUGGGAUGAGUCAGACUGCAGAGUGAAGGAAAAGCAGCCAACAAGUGCUCAGCAUAUGUAGGAACUCCUUCAAGACUGUUGGAAAAGCAUUCCAGGUGAAGCUGGUUGAGAGAAUGCCAAGAGUGUGCAAAGCUGUCAUCAAUGCAAAGGGUGGCUACUUUGAAGAAUCUAAGAUCUAAAAUAUAUUUUGAUUUGUUUCACACUUUUUGGGUUACUACAUGAUUCCAUAUGUGUUAUUUCAUAGUUUUGAUAUCUUCCCUAUUAUUCUACAAUGUAGAAAAUAGUAAAAAUAAAGAAAAACCCUGGAAUUAGUAGGUGUGUCCAAACUUUUGACUGGUACUGUGUAUAUACAGCUGCGGAAAAAAAUGAAGAGACCACUGCAAAAUUAUCAGUUUCUCUGGUUUUACUAUUAUAGGUAUGUGUUUGGGUAAAAAUAACAUUUUUGUUUUAUUCUAUAAUCUACUGACAACAUUUCUCCCAAAUUCCAAAUAAAAAUAUUGUCAUUUAGAGCAUUUAUUUGCAGAAAAUGACAACUGGUCAAAAUAACUAAAAAGAUGCAGUGUUGUCAGACCUCGAAUAAUGCAAAGAAAAUACGUUCAUGUUCAUUUUUAAACAACACAAUAGUAAUGUUUUAACUUAGGAAGAGUUCAGAAAUCAAUAUUUGGUGGAAUAAUCCUAAUUUUCAUCACAGCUUUCAUCCGUCAUGGCAUGCUCUCCACCAGUCUUUCACAUUGAUGUUGGGUGACUUUAUGCCACUCCUGGCGCAAAAAUUCAGGCAGCUCGGCUUCAGGCAGCUCGGCUUUGUUUGAUGGUUUGUGACCAUGUAUCUUCCUCUUGAUCACAUUCCAGAUCUGGGGUUCAGGUCUGGAGAUUGGGCUGGUCAUGAAAGGGUCUUGAUCUGGUGGUCCUCCAUCCACACCUUGAUUGACCUGGCUGUGUGGCAUGGCGCGUUGUCCUGCUGGAAAAACCAAUCCUCAGAGUUGGGGAACAAUGUCAGAGCAAAAGGAAGCAAGUUUUCUUCCAGGACAACCUUGUACGUGGCUUGAUUCAUGCGUCCUUCACUAAGACAAAUCUGCCCGAUUCCAGCCUUGCUGAAGCACCCCAGAUCAUCACCGAUCCUCCACCAAAUUUCACAGUGGGUGCGAGACACUGUGGCUUGUAGGCCUCUCCAGGUCUCCGUCUAACCAUUAGACGACCAGGUGUUGGGCAAAGCUGAAAAUUGGACUCAUCAGAGAAGAUGACCUUACUCCAGUCCUCUACGGUCCAAUCCUUAUGGUCUUUUGCAAACCUCAGCCUGGCUCUUCUUUGCUUCUCAUUGAUGAAGGGCUUUUGCACGAAAUUUUAAGGAUGUAAGCAACCUGACGCUCACUGUAUCCCUCUGCCAGUAAAGCCAGAAUUGACCCCUUCUUUUCCUCACUCAAAACGUUCCUUUUCAACUCUUUUGGUAUGGUCAAUAGUUCUUUUUUUUAUUAAUAUUACUUUUGAGGUACUAUUAGCACUGUUUUUGCCAUCCAGCUGGUCCUAUUGCAAGAGGAUAGUGAUGACCACAGCAGUGGUAUUUAUACUUUACCUCGUUAAAUAAGAUUUGGUUAAUGUGAUCAGCUAAUCAGUACCUAAUUCAGUAGAAUGAGGUGUGCCUGUGUUGGAAUUCAACAGACACUGAAAUGGAAUGGCUGUCAUACAUGUAGAGAUGCUAAUUUAAGAAAAAAGUCUCUUAAUUUUUUCCACAGCUGUGUGUGUAUAUAUAUAUAUAUAUAUAUAUAUAUCUCAGCAAAAAAAGAAACGUCCCUUUUUCAGGACCCUGUCUUUCAAUGAUAAUUAGUAAAAAUCCAAAUAACUUCACAGAUCUUAAUUGUAAAGGGUUUAAACACUGUUUCCCAUGCUUGUUCAAUGAACCAUAAACAAUUAAUGAACAUGCACCUGUGGAACGGUCGUUAAGAUACUAACAGCUUACAGACGGUAGGCAAUUAAGGUCACAGUUAUGAAAACUUAGGACACUAAAGAGGCCUUUCAACUGACUCUGAAAAACACCAAAGGAAAGAUGCCCAGGGUCCCUGCUCAUCUGCGUGAACGUGCCUUAGGCAUGGUGCAAGGAGGCAUGAGGACUGCAGAUGUGGCUAGGGCAAUAAAUUGCAAUGUCCGUAUUGUGAGACGCCUAAGACAUCGCUACAGGGAGACAGGAUGGACUGCUGAUCGUCCUCGCAGUGGAUCUGCACAGAAUCGGUACAUCUGAACAUCACACCUGUGGGACAGGUACAGGAUGGCAACAACAACUGCCCGAGUUACACCAGGAACGCACAAUCCCUCCAUCAGUGCUCAGACUGUCCGCAAUAGGCUGAGAGAGGCUGGACUGAGGGCUUGUAGGCCUGUUGUAAGGCAGGUCCUCACCAGACAUCACCGGCAACAACGUCGCCUAUGGGCAGAAACCCACCGUCGCUGGACCAGACAGGACUGGCAAAAAGUGUUCUUCACUGACGAGUCGCGGUUUUGUCUCACCAGGGGUGAUGUAGCUCAGUUGGUAGAGCAUGGCGUUUGCAACGCCAGGGUUGUGGGUUCGAUUCCCACGGGGGGCCAGUAUAAAAAAAAAUAUUAUGCACUCACUAACUGUAAGUCGCUCUGGAUAAGAGCGUCUGCUAAAAUGUAAAAUGUGAUGGUCGGAUUCGCGUUUAUCGUCGAAGGAAUGAGCGUUACACCGAGGCCUGUACUCUGGAGCGGGAUCGAUUUGUAGGUGGAGGGUCCGUCAUGGUCUGAGACGGUGUGUCACAGCAUCAUCGGACUGAGCUUGUUGUCAUUGCAGGCAAUCUCAACGCUGUGCGUUACAGGGAAGACAUCCUCCUCCCUCAUGUGGUAACCUUCCUGCAGGCUCAUCCUGACACGACCCUCCAGCAUGACAAUGCCACCAGCCAUACUGCUCGUUCUGUGCGUGAUUUACUGCAAGACAGGAAUGUCAGUGUUCUGCCAUGGCCAGCGAAGAGCCCGGAUCUCAAUCCCAUUGAGCACGUCUGGGACCUGUUGGAUCGGAGGGUGAGGGCUAGGGCCAUUCACCCAGAAAUGUCCGGGAACUUGCAGGUGCCUUGGUGGAAGAGUGGGGUAACAUCUCACAGCAAGAACUGGCUAAUCUGGUGCAGUCCAUGAGGAGGAGAUGCACUGCAGUACUUAAUGCAGCUGGUGGCCACACCAGAUACUGACUGUUACUUUUGAUUUUCACAGGGACACAUUAUUCAAUUUCUGUUAGUCACAUGUCUGUGGAACUUGUUCAGUUUGUCACAGUUGUUGAAUCUUGUUAUGUUCAUACAAAUAUUUACACAUGUUAAGUUUGCUGAAAAUAAACGCGGUUGACAGUGAGAGGACGUUUCUUUUUUUGCUGCGUUUUAUUUAUAUAUAUAUAUAUAUAUAUAUAUAUACUGGUUGUGUCUGUAUUGACUGUAUCUGUAAUAUGACUGGUGUGGCUCUUCAGGCGUCUAUUAUAACUCGUAAGAAGGAGGCGAAGGCGGAGGAGCUGCAUGAGGCGCGGGAGGAGCUAGCUGCACUAGACAGAGAGCUGAACCAGAAGAACAGCCAGGCACGAGACCAGGACGGAGACGAAGUCAUCCGGGGAGACGAGGUAACAUUACAGUAACUAACCGCCUCUCACAGCUCAAUACUCUUGUCUGAACAUCAUCAUCCACAUCAAUAGUAAUCUUCUUCCUCACCAGUCAAUGUCUGUGGAAUAGGGUCAGAUACCUUUUUUUUUGUCGAGUGAUGUAUUGAAUUUUGCAGCAGAAAGACUGCUACCCCUAUAUACAAUCUGCUCAGUAACCACUCAAAACUGAACAUCACUAUCCAAACUUUCUCAGAAGAUAAAGCAAAAUGCAUCAGAGAUAAUAUAUUUUCCAUCUUUAGGGGUAGAUUGAUUAAACAUUCUACUGUUUGCUUACGUCUACUCCGACACAAACUUUGUUGAUAAGGGUGACGUGCGGUAGUUGUGCACCCCAGUGAACAUGAGACGCUAUUUCUGCUCUUAUGUAAACAUAGUGGGGCUCACAGGCUAAUGCUACUUAUCUCUGUUCCCCUCACUCUCCCACAUUCCCAUGCAAGGUUAAAAAUAGACCACAACAGGGACUACCCGGAACCAGGACAGUAUUGAACAAACUGUCUGAAAUGUAUUUUUUUUAUCUCUUGUGUAAAUAUUCUAAAUGAAUUCAGCAAAACACAUAAACCAUUUCAAUGUAAAUCCUUCAACUAACUUUGACAUCUAUGGAGGCUGUGUUACCGCAAAGAAAACAGAGAUAUUUUUUUUACCCCUUUUUCAUGAUGUCCAAUUGGUAGUUACAGUCUUGUCCCAUCGCUGCAACUCCCCUACGGACUUCGGAGAGGCGAAGGUCGAGAGCCAUGCAUGCUUUGAUGCCAUGUUUGGUUAGAUCACUAUAAACCAUUGGCAGAGAGAGGACUCUCAAAUUUGAGUGCCUUUUUGCCUCUGCAACACGGUGCCAGGAGCCAUCAGUCCUGUGUGUCAACACACCCUGUGCCUGGCUCUGUAAAAUCAAGGAUCAAGAGAACAACCACUCUUCACAUCUCAGACUAAGCCUGUUCCUGUUUGCAGAGCAACCUUUGGCCAUUAACAGGUCUAUAUAGUUGGUGGUAGCUGAUGGAUAGGGCAUGUACUGCACCCAUAUGUUCAUGUCUGAGUGGUUUCUGGGCAGGCGUUCCACACUCAGUGAAAACAUUGCGCUGACAGCUGGACAGGCUGGUGAAGCACAGGAGCUGCAUGUCUGAAAUAGCAUCCACUUUCUCCUUGCUCUCCUCCAUGCGCUGUUCAAUGUGGGUGGUUUCAUCUGCUCCUCUGGAUAAUGAGUGAGUGUGUUUGAUGUGAAAGGAAACUCUAAACCUGACUUCUUCUCAGUAUGGUAACAGUAGGUGAGAAAAAGAGGGAGGGGGAGUCAGGGGAUUUAUGGUAAAUGGAAAGGGUCUAGUCACACUGGGCUUAUCAGUCUCUCCUGGGGUCCAUUGGUCAUGGUGGAAAUGAGCACCAUAUCAGAGGUAUUUUCCAUUAUGCUGCUUACGUGUCAUCACAUGUCACCCAGCAACUGCUCAUCCUCAGUUAGCUUGCUUUUACACCCACUACAAACUAGUCCACCAUGUUUCUAGUGUUCCAUCAGAACAGCCUCAAUUCAUCAGAGCAUGGACUCUACAAGGUGUCGAAAGCGUUCCACAGGGAUGCUGGCCCAUGUUGACUCCAAUGCUUCCCACAGUUGUGUCAAGUUGGCUGGAUAUCCUUUGGGUGGUGGACCAUCCUUGAUACACAUUUUUUUUUUUAACUGUUGAGCAUGAAAAACCACCCAGCAGCGUUGCAGUUCUGACACAAACCGGUGCGCCUGGCACCUACUACUAUACUCUGUUCAAAAGCACUAAAAUCUUUUGUCUUACCCAUUCACCCUCUGAGCACACAUGCACAAUUCCUGUCUCAAUUGUCUCAAGGCUUAAAAAUCCUUCUUUAACCUCUCUCCUCCCCUUCAUCAACCCUGAUUGAAGUGGAUUUAACAAGUGACAUCAAUAAGGGAUCAUAGCAUUCACCUGGAUUCACCUGGUCAGUCAGUCAUGGAAAGAGCAGGUGUUCAUACUGCUCUCUGUUCACUUACACCCCAAAUUCCCCCAACAUAAAUAACAGAUGUGUUUGCUCAGUCUGGAAAAGCUAUUCACCCUGCCAAAAUGGAUUUCACAUAUAGUAGGAUACUGCUAUUUAUAAAUAUGCACAGUGCAUAUACUGUAUGUGCAUAAUGUUUCAUUAUCUAUUAUAAACUGGGUGGUUCGAACGCUGAAUGCUGAUUGUCUGAAAGCCAUGGUAUAUCAGACCGUAUACCAUGGGUAUGGCAAGAAAUUACUUUUUACUGUUCUAAUUACGUUGGUAACUAGUAUAUAAUAACAAUAAGGCACCUCAGGGGUUUGUGGUAUAUGGCCAAUAUACCACGGCUAAGGGCUGUAUCCAGGCACUCCACGUUGCGUUGUGCAUAAGAACAAUAUACCACACCCCCUCGGGCCUUAUUGCUUAACUAUCCCAAUGUGCUGCAUUUUCAAGAACUAUCCUCCUGUCCUGAGUGUGUGUGUGUCUGACACAGUGUCAUGAUAAAUAGUUCAAACCUGUCAAAGUUGUGCUGGCUAAUUUAGCAGCUGUUGUUUUGGGGACAUAUUGUAUGUGACGAGGGAAUGCUACGCAGCCUUAUUCUGGCUGCUAAUUCCCUCUCAACCUUGUCUGCCCUUGAUGUCCAGAAAUAAAACAAACCAUACAUUCUUGCGCACAAUCCGUGCAUGCCCCAAGUGACUUACAGGACAUUUUCUGUGAUUUCUGAGAUUCUCCAGAAGGAAUAAAUGUUGACAUGCACAGGAGUCUCAUUGUAUCCCUACAGAGAAAGGGGGAGGGCGGGUUGAGUGCCGCUUCCAGUGGGCCAACGGUUGGUAUGUUUUCCAGAUGAAGAAGAUGUUUGCUCCCUCUGUCUGGCUGUGUGCCUGAGGAUCAGGUUACUGUUUCAGGUCACAGAUACAGUGGGGAAAAAAAGUAUUUAGUCAGCCACCAAUUGUGCAAGUUCUCCCACUUAAAAAGAUGAGAGAGGCCUGUAAUUUUCAUCAUAGGUGCACGUCAACUAUGACAGACAAAUUGAGGAAAAAAAAUCCAGAAAAUCACAUUGUAGGAUUUUUUAUGAAUUUAUUUGCAAAUUAUGGUGGAAAAUAAGUAUUUGGUCACCUACAAACAAGCAAGAUUUCUAGCUCUCACAGACCUGUAACUUCUUAUUUAAGAGGCUCCUCUGUCCUCCACUCGUUACCUGUAUUAAUGGCACCUGUUUGAACUUGUUAUCAGUAUAAAAGACACCUGUCCACAACCUCAAGCAGUCACACUCCAAACUCCACUAUGGCCAAGACCAAAGAGCUGUCAAAGGACACCAGAAACAAAAUAGUAGAUCUGCACCAGGCUGGGAAGACUGAAUCUGCAAUAGGUAAGCAUCUUGGUUUGAAGAAAUCAACUGUGGGAGCAAUUAGUAGGAAAUGGAAGACAUACAAGACCACUGAUAAUCUCCCUCGAUCUGGGGCUCCACUCAAGAUCUCACCCCGUGGGGUCAAAAUGAUCACAAGAACGGUGAGCAAAAAUCCCAGAACCACACGGGGGGACCUAGUGAAUGACCUGCAGAGAGCUGGGACCAAAGUAACAAAGCCUACCAUCAGUAACACACUACGCCGCCAGGGACUCAAAUCCUGCAGUGCUAGACGUGUCCCCCUGCUUAAGACAGUACAUGUCCAGGCCCGUCUGAAGUUUGCUAGAGUGCAUUUGGAUGAUCCAGAAGAGGAUUGGGAGAAUGUCAUAUGGUCAGAUGAAACCAAAAUAUAACUUUUUGGUAAAAACUCAACUCGUCGUGUUUGAAGGACAAAGAAUGCUGAGUUGCAUCCAAAGAACACCAUACCUACUAUGAAGCAUGGGGGUGGAAACAUCAUGCUUUGGGGCUGUUUUUCUGCAAAGGGACCAGGACGACUGAUCCGUGUAAAGGAAAGAAUGAAUGGGGCCAUCUAUCGUGAGAUUUUGAGUGAAAACCUCCUUCCAUCAGUAAGGGCAUUGAAGAUGAAACGUGGCUGGGUCUUUCAGCAUGACAAUGAUCCCAAACACACCGCCCGGGCAACAAAGGAGUGGCUUCGUAAGAAGCAUUUCAAGGUCCUGGAGUGGCCUAGCCAGUCUCCAGAUCUCAACCCCAUAGAAAAUCUUUGGAGGGAGUUGAAAGUCUGUGUUGCCCAGCGACAGCCCCAAAACAUCACUGCUCUAGAGGAGAUCUGCAUGGAGGAAUGGGCCAAAAUACCAGCAACAGUGUGUGAAAACCUUGUGAAGACUUACAGAAAACGUUUGACCUGUGUCAUUGCCAACAAAGGGUAUAUAACAAAGUAUUGAGAAACUUUUGUUAUUGACCAAAUACUUAUUUUCCACCAUCAUUUGCAAAUAAAUUCAUUAAAAAUCCUUCAAUGUGAUUUUCUGGAUUUUUUUUUCUCAUUUUGUCGGUCAUAGUUGACGUGUACCUAUGAUGAAAAUUACAGGCCUCUCUCAUCUUUUUAAGUGGGAGAACUUGCACAAUUGGUGGCUGACUAAAUACUUUUUUCCCCCACUGUAUGUCCCUGAGGCACCUCGACCCCCGGCACUGCCUCGCCUCCUAGCAUUUGUCUUCUCCAAGAGCAUUUUACAUGGUUCCAUCACUGCUGGAUACUAAGCCACAUUACAGUAACUCUCUCUCUCUUUCACACUCCCCAACUCACUCUCUCAGACAUGGGUCAUGUCUGUCUCGGUAGAAACUGAAGAGGAUGACCUUGCUUCAAGAUGUGGUUUCCCUUGUGUAUUUACUGUUUGUUUUCAAACAAAUAAAUUAAAUGUUAUUGUCAUUUCUGUCUAUCAUUCCCUUUCUCGCAGCAUAUCUUUCAUGACAAUAGUCUCUCUCGAUUCCUCCCAGUUUAAACGUUUUGUCGGGAAACUGCGCAGCAAGGGGACAGUGUUCAAGAAGAAGCGGCAGGAGAUCACCGAGCUGAGAGCUGAGUAUGGGGUCCUGCAGCGGACAGAGGAGAUCCUAAAACAGAGGCACGAGGUCGGCCAACAGCAACUGGUAACUAUGCACCAAAGCAGCAAUCCACCCUAACACCCUACCUGCUCCCCUCCAUACCGCAUAGAAGCCAAUCUACGUGUAUAGUGGGACACAUACCUUUCCAUCCUGCCCUUGAUCAUGCAACGUGCAUUAACAGUGACGUGACAUAACCUUCCUGGAAAUGACUUCACACCUCGGUGCCCUCCCAGCUCCUGACUUGCUGACAGCCUGGCUGACACAGUGAGGGCUCGGCUGCUGCAUCUGCUCCUCUCUCUGUGUCUGACGCUGGCAUUUCUUUAUCAGUGGAUGUAUUUCCCCCUCGUACCAUGGCUGUUAGUGUCUGAGCCCCGUCUCCUCUCGCCACCUGCAUUCCUGUUCCCAUUACUCACCCACCCAGUCACCCCAGUCCAACUGUUACCCCUCCCACAUAGAACUAUGAACCAUUUGCUGCAACAAUGUUGGUUAUAGCCUACUGUAUAACCCAAAACUCGCUAGAAGCCCUGCCUGCCACUGUGAACUGUUCAUAUCAGAACCAAAUAUUAGAAUGUAAUUUACAUUGUCUUUAUCAGUGUUUGAACAGAUCUGCAGGAGAGGGAUGGGUGCUACAUGGGAAGGAAAUUGUGUUAAUUUUCAUAGAUCACAGAUUUCUCACUCCUCAUAUACACACGUGCUGCUAUCUCAACCGCAUGUAAUCUUCUAUUCUUGGAGAACAAAGUGGCCUCUACUCCCAGGUGUUGAGCUGACCCCUGCCUGUUUUUGUGGACACAACCCUUCACAGUGCUUAGAGCACAGGCGCUAUGGGUCAGUUCAGGACUAGGCUCCAUGCUACUAUAUAUCCUCCCAGACAGGGAGGGAGUAACUCAGUCACUGUUCCAAGUUUUAUUAGUCGUAUGUACAGGAUACACAUGGUAAACACCGUCCAACAAAAUGCUUACUUGCAGGUUCCUUCUCGACAAUGCAACCACAAUAAGAAAAUAUAUGAGUACAAACAUAAAGUCAAUGGCAGUAGAAUAGAAUAGUACAUUUUAGCAUAAGUAUUACACAGGAAGGCACAAUUUAUAGAACAAUAUUUACACAUGUAUCAGGGAAGAGGGGAUUGGGGGUAAGUGUUUAAAUUGUGCAGUUGUGACGUGUGUGUGUGUGUAGCAUGAAUAGAUGUGUGGGUGUGUGCAUGUGUGCUAAGGUGCGGAGAGUCAGUGCAGGUGAUCAGUCUAGUUCAAGUGUUCAGCAGUCUGAUGGCUUGUAGUCUGUUGGUAUCAGACCUCAUGUUCCGAUACAGUCUGCCCGACAGUAAGGGCUAUACAAGUCAUAGCUAUAGGCUUACGUUUGUUGACAUGGUGCAAACAAAUCAUUAACAAUUAAGUCAGGUGAGCCACUGUAUACAGUACAUGGAGGUUUACUCAUUGCAAAUUAUUAACUUGUAUUUACUGAUUACACUCAUUAAAAUAUCUUACUGCCUUGCAGCUCAUGUGGGUGUGGACUACAUUGCUCAAGUGCCAGGUGUUUCUAGCGAACUCUUGCCAGGUCCAGUCCCUACACUGACAUUUGCCUCAGGAUUAUAACACUGGACACAAUCUCAUCAUUUUAUGCUGCUGUAUUACAAGGCUUUCAUAUUUUGUGUAGUUACUGAUGUGUCACCCCAUAUGCCCUCUCAUGCUCUUAUUGUGGUCCGUGUAGCAAUCCAUGGAGGCACAGAAGGGGAUCUCUGGGUACAGUGACACUCAGGAGGAACUGGAGAGAGUGUCAGCCAUCAAGAGUGAACUGGACGAGAUGAAGGGGCGCUCGCUGGACGACAUGUCAGAAAUGGUGACUAUAUCAGGGGAUCGGAGCCACUGUCUGAGUAGCAUGUCACUUUACCACAGUGACAGAUCUUUACCCACUCCAGACCACCCAUACUCAGUCACAGGAUCAUGCUCAUUGCAUUCAGAUGCCCCUUCUAAUGCGCUACACAAACACAGCACAAUUUGUUUUACCAGAACCGUCCUAGUCCUGUUUGGUUGUCAUUGAUUUAUUCGCAUUGAUUUAGUGACUUGAUACCUUUUGAAAUACCACUCGUGCAUACUUAAUCUGUCCUUUUGUGGGGAAAGGAAGAGUAAUUGCUGAGUUUUAAGCCAGGUUGGAUCACCAAAUCACUCUGCUUUAUCAAUAUGUCAUCCCAUUGCAUUGAAGUUCAAAUAGAACCAGUUGCAGCCGAUUAGGCCCCAGUCCAAUAUGUUUUUGAAAUGAUUUAAAGGGUAGUCAGGGCUUGUGGUUAAAGCUGGCAGCUUGCACACUUGUGCUGCUGCCAAUGAUUCAAACAUUCCUGGCUGUAGCCAUAAAGUAGACUUUCACUCACCUCCUGUUUGGCCUCUGAAUGCACACCCUGUAAGGCCCCUGCUUGUGUACAACACAGGUGACAUAAUGAUUAUUAUAUGUUAUUAUGGUCAUAGUUAUCUUUAACUGACAUUUCUGUGGAUUACUUUUACCACCAAAUCAGGAUGUUGGCAGAUGGGUUGAAAUAUGUGAUGCUUUUUUUUCAGGUGAAGAAACUGAACUCGACGAUAGUGGAGAAAAAGUCUGCCCUUGCUCCGAUCAUAAAGGAACUGAGGCCUUUGAGACAGCAGUGUCAGGUGAACGUCACACGCUAUAAAACUUUGUCUGCAGUUUCAUCUUCAAAUUGCGUCAUUACACAGAGCUGUGUCUAUAGAAUUAGGUCCCGUGUAGCUCAGUUGGUAGAGCAUGGCGUUUGCAACGCCAGGGUUGUGGGUUCGAUUCGCACGGGGGGCCAGUAUGAAAAAGUAUGAAAAUGUAUGUACUCACUAACUGUAAGUUGCUGCUAAAUGACUGAAAUCUAAAUCUAAUUAGCCAAAUGUAUAACCACAGAUUACAAAGCAUGACAUGAGGCCAAGGGAUUUGACAAACGAAGGGAGGAAACCCUUGAGGCCUCAGCCAGCUACUGUUGACUUCAUGCAGGAUUUUUGUGGAGUCCAUUAACAAUAAUUUACACAUAGUCUAUAUGUAUACUGUACGACAGGGAAAGCCCCUCACAUCUCUCAGCUUAAGCUGGGGAUCAGAUUUUCCAGCAUGUGUUCCCUGAGUUGGUUGACCAUCAUACUAGCUAACAUUUACUAAUGAUGAAAAGUUACGUCAGAAAUAUAUUAAUAUACUCAGCUAGAGUUUAGGCUUAAGUAAAAUGGUGCAAAUACAUGGGCUUUGAUCUGAUAAUGAUAUGAAAUGGGUUGGGGAAACUAUAACUUUUGCAUACAUAACAUACUAUAAUGGUGAAAAGUGUUGUAAUUGUACUCUGUCUUUUUAAAUGCUGUAGAAAUGUCCCAUGUAUGGGUAUGUAUCUGUGAAUGGGUAUUUAUUUGUGUUCAUGUAUCUGUGAAUGGGUAUUUCUUUGUGUUCAUGUAUCUGUGAAUGGGUAUUUCUUUGUGUUCAUGUAUCUGUGAAUGGGUAUUUCUUUGUGUUCAUGUAUCUGUGAAUGGGUAUUUAUUUCAUGACAGGAGCUAACUCAAGAGUAUGAGGAAAAGAAGGCCCAGUAUGACAGCUGUGCUGCAGGGCUGGAGAGUAACCGAUCCAAACUGGAGCAGGUACAAUAUGAAUGCUAUGUGUAGACACCUGGCCUAUCUACUAACACACCCAACAUAUCAGCAUAUCACCACAUAUCAAAUCUUCUCUAUUUACAUAAUUGGAAUGUACUCUGCACAAGGAACAGUUCAGUACUGCCAUGGCAACAAGCGUCUGACGCUUCAGGCCUGAUGCUUCAGUUUCCUAUGGUCACAUGUUUUCAUUCAACACUUCCAUUCCAGGAGGUGAGAGCUCUGAGGGAGGAGAUGGCUCAGGAGGAAAACCGAUACCACUACAUCAACUGCAUGAAAGAGGUAAGGGGUUCAGGUAGCAAACAACCUCUCCCCCGACACCUGUUCUGUGCUGUGACCGUAAACCAGAGCUCUCUCUCUCUCUCUGCCCAUCUCUCUCUCUCUUCACAGAUCAUUGAGAUGCAAAUGCAGCGAGCAGCAGAGGAGAUGAAGGCCUACGUGUCCCCUGAUCCGCAAGAGAGGAGGAAGACCAUCAGGUGAGUCUGCCAGCUGCUUAGGACUUCUAUUACCGCAGUCACCAGGUGCAUAUGCUAAUAUUACAACACAACGUGUGCAUAUACUACUGUUGCCACCCACCUCCCCCUAUACCUCAAAGGACACAAUUACAGCAGUCUGUUAGUAGAUUCACCCUCAUAGGUCUUAAUACUAUAGCUAUGCAUUUCCAAGUGUGUCCAGAAGUAUUGCUUUGCUAUAGAAAAAUAUGUAACUAUAAUACUGGUUUAAUAAAAUAUGUUAUGGAUGUUUGCUAUGUUGUGUUAUUCAACUACCAGGUAGACUUUCCCUUGUAGAACUCACAGUGAUGUCAUAAUAGCAGCAUUGAGCUUGCAAAAGUGAAUAAGCUCACAUGAACUCUGACCCUCUGGCUGUUUCACAGGGAGCAGUACAUGAAGAACAUUGCAGAGCAGGAGUCCCUGGGCAAGGUGAGCAGAGAGGUGCUUUGUCAGGGUGCAGGCACAGUGCCAAUCCUGUGCUGCACUGGUAUCUGAAAUGGAUCCCCUGCAAACACGGGGGCCAUACUUUGGGUUCCUUCCUUCCUCACCCUGAUAAGAAUGUGGCCAGAGAGGAGAAAGGGUAUGGCAGAGGGGGCUCAGCUGCAUUCCUGCUAAACCACUUGGCCAAGUAAACGAGCUGUAAUGUAGACGUGCUGCUGCAGCAGACCAGCAGUGGAGGCUCCUCAGGGGAGGACCAACCUCCUCAGUGAAUUUCAUAAAAAUAAAAAUUUUGAAACAUUAAACUCAUCCUUUUUAGAUAAAACUAUACUAAAUAUAUUCACUUCAAAAAUAAUUGAUUAAAACACACAGUUUUUUAUGAAGAUCUACAGUAGCCUCAACAGCACUCUCUAGGGUAGCACCAUGGUGUAGCCGGAGGGAAGCUAGCUUCCGUCCUCCUCUGUGUACCUUGACUUCAAUACAAAACCUAGGAGGCUCAUGGUUCUCACCCCCUUCCAUAGACUUACAUAAUAUGCUGUAAUAGAAAUAAGGCCCAUAAUAUUUUUCCCCCUCCCUUUGUCUUAAACGGCACCGACCGCCACUGCACACCAGUAUAGGUGCAGCUUGUAUAACAAGAUGUCCAUCCUCUCAUCACUGUGGAGCAGCUGGAGGGUUGCAUGCUGAUUUCUCUCUACCCUAGCUCUGUCCUAGACCUCAUCUACACUCAUCUACAGUACCAGUCAAAUGUUUGGACACACCUACUCAUUCAAGGGUUUUUCUUUAUUUUUACUAUUUUCUACAUUGUAGAAUAAUAGUGAAGACAUCAAAACUAUGAAAUAACACAUGGAAUCAUGUAGUAACCAAAAAAGUGUUAAACAAAUCAAAAUAUGUUUUAUAUUUGAGAUUCUUCAAAGUAGCCACCCUUUGCCUUGAUGACAGUUUUGCACACUCUUGGCAUUCUCUCAACCAGCUUCACCUGGAAUGCUUUUCCAACAGUCUUGAAGGAGUUCCCAUAUAUGCUGAGCACUUGUUGGCUGCUUUUCCUUCCAACUCAUCCCAAACCAUUUCAAUUUGGUUGAGGUCAGGUGAUUGUGGAGGCCAGGUCAUCUGAUGCAGCACUCCAUCACUCUCCUUCUUGGUCAAAUAGCCCUUACACAGCCUGGAGGUGUGUUGGGUCAUUGUCCUGUUGAAAAACAAAUGAUAGUCCCUCUAAGCGCAAACCAGAUGGGAUGGCGAAUUGCUGCAGAAUGCUGUGGUAGUCAUGCUGAUUAAGUGUGCCUUGAAUUCUAAAUAAAUCACUGACAGUGUCACCAGCAAAGCACCAUCACACCACCUCCUCCAUGCUUCACAGUGGGAACCACACAUGCAGAGAUAAUCUGUUCACCUACCCUGCGUCUCACAAAGACACAGCGGCAAAUUUGGAUUCAUCAGACCAAAGGACAGAUUUCCACCGGUCUAAUGUCCAUUGCUCGUGUUUCUUGGCCCAAGCAAGUCUCUUCUUCUUAUUGGUGUCCUUUUAGUAGUGGUUUCUUUGCAGCAAUUUGACCAUGAAGGCCUGAUUCACACAGUCUCCUCUGAACAGUUGAUGUUGUGUCUGUUACUUGAACUCUGUGAAGCAUUUAUUUGAGUUGCAAUUUCUGAGGCUGGUAACUCUUAAUGAACUUAUCCUCUGCAGCAGAGGUAACUGGGUCUUCCUUUCCUGUGGCGGUCCUCAUGAGACCCAGUUUCAUCAUAGCGCUUGAUGGUUUUUGCGACUGCACUUGAAGAAACGUUCAAAGUUCUUGAAAUGUUCCGAAUUUACUGACAUUCAUGUCUUAAAGUAAUGAUGGACUGUCGUUUCUCUUUGCUUAUUUGAGCUGUUCUUGCCAUAAUAUGGACUUGGUCUUUUACUAAAUAGGGCUGUCUUCUGUAUACCACCCCUACCAUGUCACAACACAACUGAUUGGCUCAAACGCAUUAAGAAGGAAAGAAAUUCCACUAAUUAACUUUUAACAAGGCACACCUGUUAAUUGAAAUGCAUUCCAGGUGACUACCUCAUGAAGCUGGUUGAGAAAAUGCCAAGAGUGUGCAAAGCUGUCAUCAAGGCAAAGGGUGGUUACUUUGAAGAAUCUCAAAUAUAAAAUAUAUUUUGAUUUGUUUAACACUUUUUUGGUUACUACAUGAUUCCAUGUGUGUUAUUUCAUAGUUUUGAUGUCUUCACUAUUAUUCUACAAUGUAGAAAAUAGUAAAAAUAAAGAAAAACCCUUGAAUGAGUAGGUGUGUCCAAACAUUUGAUUGGUACUGUACAUUUCUCCAAAAAUCAAAUCACAUUUUUUUUUUUUUUAUUUGUCACAUGCGCCGAAUACAACAGGUGUAGUAGACCUUACAGUGAAAUGCUUACUUACAAGCCCUUAACCAACAAUGCAAUUUUAAGAAAGAAUAGUGUUACUUUCCUCGAAGCGAGCAUAUAAGUAAUUUAGCUUGUCUGGUAGGUUCGUGUCACUGGGCAGCUCGCGGCUGUGCUUCCCUUUGUAGUCUGUAAUAGUUUGCAAGCCCUGCCACAUCCGACGAGCAUCGGAGCCGGUGUAGUACGAUUUGAUCUUAGUCCUGUAUUGACGCUUUGCCUGUUUGAUGGUUCGUCGGAGGGCAUAGCGGGAUUUCUUAUAAGCUUCCGGGUUAGAGUCCCGCUCCUUGAAAGCGGCAGCUCUACCCUUUAGCUCAGUGCGGAUGUUGCCUGUAAUCCAUGGCUUCUGGUUGGGGUAUGUACGUACAGUCACUGUGGGGACGACGUCAUCGAUGCACUUACUGAUGAAGCCAGUGACUGAUGUGGUGUACUCCUCAAUGCCAUCGGAAGAAUCCCGGAACAUAUUCCAGUCUGUGCUAGCAAAACAGUCCUGUAACUUAGCAUCUGCUUCAUCUGACCACUUUUUUAUUGACCGAGUCACUGGUGCUUCCUGCUUUAGUUUUUGCUUGUAAGCAGGAAUCAGGAGGAUAGAAUUAUGGUCAUAUUUUCCAAAUGGAGGGCGAGGGAGAGUUUUGUACGCGUCUCUGUGUGUGGAGUAAAGGUGGUCUAGAGUUUUUUUUCCUCUGGUUGCACAUGUGACAUGCUGGUAGAAAUUAGGCAUUAAAUUCCCCGGCCACUAGGAGCGCUGCCUCUGGAUGAGUGUUUUCCUGUUUGCUUAUGGCCGUAUACAGUUCAUUGAGUGCGGUCUUAGUGCCAGCAUCGGUUUGUGGUGGUAAAUAGACAGCUACGAAGAAUAUAGAUGAAAACUCUCUUGGUAGAUAGUGUGGUCUACUGCUUAUCAUGAGAUACUCUACAUCAGGCGAGCAAAACCUAGAGACUUCCUUAGAUAUCGUGCACCAGCUGUUGUUUACAAAUAUACAUAGACCACCACCCCUUGUCUUACCAGAGGCUGCUGUUCUAUCCUGCCGAUACAGUGUAUAACCCGCCAGCUGUAUGUUAUUCAUGUCGUCGUUCAGCCACCACUCGGUGAAACAUAAGAUAUUAUAGUUUUUAAUGUCCCGUUGGUAAGAUAUACGUGCUUGUAGUUCGUCCACUUUAUUAUCAAGCGAUUGUACGUUGGCCAAUAAUAUCGAUGGCAAAGGCAGAUUAGCCACUUGUCGCCGGCUCCUUACCAGGCACCCCAAUCUCCUUCCGCGAUAUCUCCUUCCGCGAUAUCUCCUUUUCUUUCUACUGAGAAUGACGGGGAUGAAGGCCCUGUCAGGUGUCUGAAGCAAAUCCCUCUCAUCCAACUCAUUAAAGAAAAAUGAUUUGUCCAGUUCAAGGUGAGUAAUCGCUGUUCUGAUGUCCAGAAGCUCUUUUCGGUCAUAAGAGACGGUAGCAGCAACAUUAUGUACAAAAUAAGUUACAAACAAUGCGAAAAAUCUAACAAAAUAGCACGGUUGGUUAAGAGUCUAUAAAACGGCAGCCAUCCCUUCCGGCGCCAUUCUACCACCCCUGUCACAUUCGUGACAAGCUACUUCUUUUUUAGGGUUAUGAAUAGGCUAGAUGCUAAUUCCUCUAAGUAAUAGGUAUUUGGUUGGUCAAGCUUCUCGUUCAUUUAUAAAAGGAUGUCAUGGCUUGCCUUGCAACUUAUAAUGAAAAAGGCCAUUUAACAAUGCUGAUCAUACACUGUAUGCAUGUUGGGCUGACAUAUUAAUUCUUAGUCUUUCCCUUUGGACAACAACAGAAGUUGCGUGAGCAGCAGAAGAGUGUGAGGGAAAGCCAUGGGCCGAACAUGAAGCAGGUGAAGAUGUGGCACGACCUGGAACAGCUGAUGGAGUGCAAGCGCCAGUGCUUCCUGAGGGCCCAGAGCCAAGCCUCCAUUGGCCAGGUCAUCCAGGAGGGCGGUGAGGAUAGGCUAGUGCUGUGAGGACGAGGAGAAUAUCAACGCAGGGCCAACUCUGGUACACUAAGCUCUACCACAAUGACCAGGACUUCUCACUCAUCUAACUACUGUACUAAAGUUCGCCAGUUAUAGUUAAUUAUUCUGUUCUGUUUGUCAUGCAUUAUAUCUAUUUUUAGGUGAGAUAAUUACUCUUCAUGUAUCAAAACUACUCUGCUUUCAUCGCCUACAGUUAAAAGGAUUCAAUUUAUCCAAUCUGUGUUAUUCCUCGUUUAGUUAGCGAUUUGUUUCUGUAAAUAAUCCCAAAGUAGUUUUUAGUUUAACUGAUUUAUCUCCUGUGAGGAACACCUUUCCGGUGACGAUAUUGUGAGUUGCCUGAUGAAUCCAGAACCAAAAGAACACAUGUACCAGAAGGUUUCAGCCAGAUAAGAAGUUUAACUCUCUCUGGCCCUCUGAAUUUAAACAAAUCCACAGCCUCCAUUUUGACACAUCUUUAAGAAUAAAGCUUGAAUCUAUAGCUGUGUUCGAAUACCCAUACUA